AUGGUUGCAUUUUUUCUAUACAUUCUUGCAUACCAUCUUAAGAAUCGCACAAUUAACCACCACUUUAGAAGGUCUGGUCGAACAAUUAGCAAGUAUUUCCAUGAGUGUCUUAAAGCACUGAUUCGAUGCCAAAAGGAUUUCUGGCAAACACUUGAGCCUAUCCCUGAGAACUCAACCGACCCAAAGUGGAAAUGGUUUAAGAAUUGCUUAGGUGCACUAGAUGGAACACCGGUUAAGGUGCAUGUACCAGAAUGUGAUAAACCAAAGUACAGAACAAGGAAAAAUGAAAUAGCAACGAAUGUUUUGGGAGUUUGCACUCCGGACAUGCAGUUUAUAUAUGUUUUACCCGGAUGGGAAGGGUCCACACAUGAUGGUCGAGUUCUUAGAGAUGCUGUGACUAGGAGAAAUGGAUUGAAAGUCCCUAAUGGUUGUUACUAUUUAGUUGAUGGUGGCUAUACAAAUGGAAAAGGUUUUCUUGCACCUUAUAGACGAACCCGUUAUCAUAUGAAUGAGUGGAAUGAUGGUUAUCGUCCUACAACAUCGGUUGAGUUUUUUAAUAUGAAACACUCAAGUGCCGGAAUGUCAUUGAAAGUGUGUUGUAUGCUCCAUAAUUUUAUAAGGAGGGAGAUGGUUGUAGAUCCUAUAGAAGCUGAUUCGGACGGACAAUUUCAAGAUGGGAAUUCAGAUACGAAUAACUAUAUUAUCACUGUUGAGUCCUUGGAUGAGUGGACUGCAUGGAGAGAUAACCUUGCCCAAGAAAUGUGGAACAAUAAGUUAAGAAAGACAUCACUAAUGUCGGCUGCUUCAUCUGCGAAACGAGGAAGGGGACAACAGAAACAUUAUUGGACAACUACUGAGGAUACAAUAUUGGUUGAAUCAUUGCUUGAGUUGCAUAGUGACCCGACUUGGCGAGCUGACACUAGUUUCAAAAAUGGUUAUUUGGGGAAGAUAGAAGGUAUGAUGGAAGCCAAACUCCAAGGGUGCGGAUUAAAGGCGUCUCCCCACAUAGAAUCACGCAUCAAGACGUUGAAGGAAAAAUAUUUUGCCUUAACUGAAUUGCUAGCUCUCAGUGGGUUUGAGUGGAAUGAAGAGAAAAUGAUGUUGGCUUGUGAGAAAAGUGUGUAUGACGAGACUACGAAGGGUAAAAGGAUGCAAGUGGAUUGUAUGAUAAGCCUUUUCCACAUUACCACAGUUUGGGAUAGAUUUAUGCAAAAGAUCGUGCUGUGGGUGAAAAUGCUGGUAACGCUAAUGACGAUGAAGAAGAAGUUAGACUUGAAGAUGCCAAUGUCAAUCAAAAUGAAGCUUGAUGGUCUAGUUCAUGCACUGUCAACCGAUAAAAAUCCGACAGAAAUGCAAUAA